CAUACGUAACUUUCAGAAGGCACCCAUUUCUAUCCUCCACGUGCAUUGUGUAGUGAAACGUAUAGUGACGUAUGAGAGUCGAAUGUGUGAAGAUUGUCAGUAGUGAGAAUAAUUGGUAACAUUUUGGACGCGCUGUCUGAUAGUUUAGGCAUUGACCACCCACUGGAGAGUGAUGGUGUCAACAACAGUAACAGAGAAUGGCACAGAGAGCGGAAAGACUGUGGAUCUUUCUGCUGGAGGUGAAUACAGGUUGAUCGGUUGGGAUGUGGAUGCAACUGGACGUACACUAAUUGACGAAAUUUGUCAAGUUGCUGCGUACACCCCAACUGACAAGUUCUCUCAGUACAUUAUGCCCUUCGGAGAUUUGAAUCCUGCUUCCCGGAGCAGGCAUAAUAUGGCAGUGGUGACAAUUGGACGAUAUAGAAUGCUGAAGGAUAUUAAAGCUGGAAAGGUUUUAAAAACGAAGAGUGAAAUUUCCGCCCUUACUGAUUUCGUGCAUUGGCUGGAGCAGAUAAGUGGAAAGACAAAGCAGAGUCUUAUUCUGGUUAGCCAUGAAAACCAGAAAUUGGCGUCAUCGUUGCUGUUGGAGGCGUUGAGAAAGUACAACCUGCUGGAUAGGUUUUGUGCAGUAGUGAAAGGAUUCGUCAAUGGUUUUUCUGUUGCAGAAGUGAAAUGUGCAAAAACUGUUAAGGCUUUUACUCUUCGUACAUUAUCACGGGUGCUUCUGGACAAGGAAGAAGACUUAAGUAGUGCUGUUGAUAGGGCACGCCUUGCUUAUCAGAUUGUGCAUCACUUACUUGAUGAGCGACAGGAAAAUAAAGGUAGUGGAGAUGCAUCUGUUGCUGUAGUGGAGAGCUUAAAAGAAUUCAUUUGGACGCUGGAUAAAGAGGAGGAACACAUUGCCUUGUUAAAAAAGUUUAUUGAGCGACAGAACUCUUUGAGGCCAAUAUUCAGGCCUAUGAUGCGUAUUGACAGAAAGGAGUCGGCGAAGGCAUCUGCACUUCGUAGGGCUCUGGCGCAGGCUGGUGUAAACUACGAAGAUCUUUCAGCCGCACAUUCCAAAGAUGGAAGUAAUGGUAUAAAUGAAUUGAUAACAUCAAAAGUAACUAAUAUUAAGCCCAAUGAACUGGAAGAAUUGAAGAAAAUUGUGAAUGGACAUUUUAAUCCUGAAUCUAAGAAGAAAUCUGAUGAAACACCCCAGAAAGUUGCCCCUGAAAAAUCAGUCUCUGAAGGUGCAAGUGCAUCAAGUACACCUGAUACAAAUAACUCUCCAGUGAAGGAGCCGAGCACUGGUGCUAAUAAUACUUCUGCUACUGCCUCGUCUCAGAGCAAUGACACCUCACCUCAGAAAAGUGUUAAUACUGGUGCAUCCUCUCCAGCUACUCCGGAAUCAAACUAAUAGUAGUAAUGAGACAUCUAAUGAGUGCCUUACUUUCCAGAGAUGUUUUGUUUACCAGAAAUGCAUCAUUUAUGCCAGUGUUGCCUUAAUCAGUUAAAUUGUUAGGUCUCUAUUAAAGUAUUUAGUUAAGAGAACAUUAAUUUGUCAGAAGAAUAAUUUGCUUUGAUCUUGGUGGAAUGAGAAGUAAGAUUCAUCAUUUAUAUUUUAUUUUCAAUCUCAAAUACAGAUGAAUUAAGUUUGCUACAGUUCUGCUAGACCGUUCAUUGAUUCACUGAUUUAAAUGAAGUACUCACUGUGUACUGUAAACGCCAGGAAAUGGUUUUUUCUUCAGAUCUCAUUGUAAAAACUGUUAAAUAAAAGCAAUAUGUACAUAUGUACUAAGGAAAUUUUUUAUUUAAUGUUAAUUUUCAUAUUAUUUAUAAAUAUAUAAAGCUUUAAGUUUCUGCUGCCUUUAGUGUUUAUCAGAAAUAUACAGAGACCUUCAAAUUGGAUGCGUAUUCUGAAAGCUUGUUACUGAGAUUGUCACCAAACUCUAGUACAUUAAAGCAGAGGUAUUAGUUUUAAUGUAUAACUUUUGUAGCAAUUGCUUUUCAAUUAUAUAACAUGCAUCACA